AUGGCUUCUCAACUACUACGUGUGGCAUUCGGCCUAUCUCUGCUUGCAAACGCAAUCGGCGUAGGCGCCGUGAUCGAACGUCCUGCCAAAUACACCGAUGAGAUCCCUGAGGCGGAGAAGGUGGCUCUUGCAUCUGUCGUCGAAGACAAUCCAGAUGACAUUGUCUACCCAGGACUACGUCCAGCGCGCCUGGUAGGAUAUGACGGAAUCUCGCCAGGACCGACUAUCAUUGUUCCUAGGGGCACCGAGUCUGUCGUUCGCUUCAUCAACCAGGGUGAUCGUGAGAGUUCUAUCCAUCUGCACGGCUCACCAUCCCGCGCUCCAUUCGAUGGAUGGGCCGAAGACAUGACUUUCCCCGGCCAGUACAAGGACUACUACUACCCGAACAACCAGGCCGCCAGGUUCCUCUGGUACCAUGACCACGCCAUGCACUUUACGGCGGAGAACGCCUACUUCGGUCAAGCAGGUGCUUACCUGAUCACUGACCAAGCCGAAGACGCUCUUGGCUUGCCCUCUGGAUACGGGAAAUACGACAUUCCAUUGGUGCUCAGCUCGAAGUACUACAACGCUGAUGGCACACUCCAAUCCAGCCUCAAUGAGGACAACAGUCUGUGGGGAGAUGUCAUCCACGUCAAUGGUCAGCCAUGGCCCUUCCUCAACGUCGAGCCUCGCAAGUACCGUUUCCGCUUCUUGAACGCAGCGGUGUCUCGAAACUUUGCACUUUACUUCGUCACAUCAGCCAACACGAAUGCAAGACUGCCAUUCCAAGUCAUCGCAUCUGACGCUGGUCUUCUCACGCACCCAGUCCAGACUUCGGAUUUGCUUGUCGCAGCGGCAGAACGCUACGAAGUUGUCUUCGACUUCUCCAAAUUCGCUGGUCAAGCGAUCGAGCUGCGCAAUCUUCCCAAAGCCAAUGGCAUCGGAACAGAUGACGACUACUCGAACACUGAUAAGGUCAUGCGCUUCAUGGUGAGCAGCGACCCAGUCACCGACAACUCGGUUGUUCCAGAGAAACUGUCGCAAAUCCAGUUUCCCGCCGACAAGACAGGCAUCGAUCAUCACUUCCGUUUCCACAGGACCAACAGCGAGUGGCGUAUAAACGGCAUCGGCUUUGCUGAUGUGGAGAACCGUAUCCUAGCCAAGGUGCCGCGUGGAACUGUUGAGCUCUGGGAGCUAGAGAACAGCUCCGGUGGCUGGUCUCAUCCCAUCCACGUGCACCUAGUCGACUUCAGGGUAGUAGCACGCUACGGAGACGAGGCCACCCGCGGAGUCAUGCCUUACGAAUCUGCGGGACUAAAGGAUGUGGUGUGGCUUGGCCGUCACGAAACCGUCCUAGUCGAGGCCCAUUACGCUCCAUGGGACGGCGUUUACAUGUUCCACUGCCACAACCUCAUCCAUGAAGACCAAGAUAUGAUGGCAGCUUUCGACGUCACCAAGCUCGACAACUUUGGGUACAACGAGACGACUGACUUCCAUGACCCUGAAGACAAACGCUGGUCUGCUAGACCGUAUGAGCCAUCUGAUCUUACAGCACGCUCUGGAAUUUUCUCCGAAAGUGGCAUCCGGGAGAAGGUGAACACUCUGGCCCUCGAGCAGCCAUACAGCGAGUUGGACAAGGUCACAGCGGCCCUGGACUCUUACUACAAGACAAACCAGAAGAGAGAAGCAGAUUGCGCGAACCAAGCGGCCGGCCCAAUUCCCCGUUACCGCCGGUUCCAAGUCUAA